UGAGGCUCCGGGGAUGGCGGACGAAAGACUAACUUUGUUCUUGAAGCUGUGUGCUGCUGGAUUCUAUGGCGUGAGCUCCUUCCUUAUUGUAGUUGUAAAUAAGAGCGUGUUGACGAAUUACAGGUUUCCUUCGUCGAUAUGUGUUGGUAUAGGACAGAUGUUGGCCACGGUAGUUGUUUUAUGGGUGGGAAAGGCCCUCCGGGUGAUCAACUUCCCAGAUUUUGAUCGCAGCAUACCUAAGAAGACCUUUCCUCUACCUCUUCUGUAUGUGGGCAAUCAAAUAACUGGGCUGUUUGGAACAAAAAGGCUCAAUCUGCCGAUGUUUACUGUGUUGAGGAGGUUUUCCAUUCUUUUCACCAUGCUGGCCGAAGGAUUUCUACUGAAGAAGAAAUUCUCACGUCCUGUUCAGCUCACAGUAUUCACAAUGAUCCUUGGGGCCUUUGUAGCAGCAAGUGCUGACUUGGCGUUUGACCUGCAAGGUUAUGUGUUCAUUCUUUUGAAUGAUGUACUGACAGCAGCUAAUGGAGCUUUUGUGAAGCAGAAGUUAGAUUCAAAGGAGCUGGGAAAGUAUGGCCUGCUAUAUUACAAUGCUCUAUUUAUGAUCCUGCCAACGCUGCUCCUGGCUCAUGCCACUGGAGACAUGGAAAAGGCUCUGGCCUACGAGGGUUGGACAGAUAUGUUCUUUGUGGGCCAGUUCACCAUGUCAUGCAUUAUGGGGUUUAUAUUGAUGUAUGCCACGGUACUUUGUACGCAAUACAACUCUGCACUAACCACCACAAUCAUAGGCUGUAUUAAAAAUAUAUUAGUGACAUAUAUAGGCAUGGUUUUUGGGGGAGACUACAUUUUCACAUGGACCAACUUCAUUGGUCUGAAUAUCAGUAUUGCUGGUAGUUUGGUUUACUCCUACAUAACCUUCACGGAGGAGCAGUCCAACAAGCAGAGUGAGGGCAGCAACAAGCUGGAGGUCAAGGGCAAAGUGUCUGUAUGA